AUGGAUAGGGUUCAGUUCUCGUUUUGGGUCUCCAAAUCUGUCAGAUUCUUGAUAAACAAAGCCAAAGAACAACACAACAGUGCAAGCAUUUACAACAAAAGACAUCAUUUUGAUGAGCUAAUGCUGUUCAACAACUCUGUUUAUUGCGCCUCGCCUAAUUUCCAGGAGGCCCAGAUGGCGGCGGCGGUGGAGAACGGCGGCGAGGUGUCCGGCGAGGGUAAAGAUGGGAUUUUUCGUGAAAGUGAGGGUAAAUUUGGAAAUGUUGCUGCUUGUUCGGGUGAAGAGGAAGAAGAGAGUGGAGAAAGCAGCUUGAGCUCUGAUUUUCUGGCUACUGAGAGUAAUUUGAAUUGCGAGGUUGAAAAUAGCAGCUCUGAGGGCUCUUCCUCUUCACCCCCUUCAAUGGCCUGUUGGGCAAUGGGGAAAGAGAAAUUGCCCUUUUGUGAUAAUUCCGAGGUUUGUGAGGAGAUUGAGGAGCAACAUUUGGACAAGAGGAGAUUAGACAAGCAAAGCUCGAGUCUUUCAGAAAUUGAGAUGAUGAAAGAAAGAUUUUCGAAGUUGCUGCUAGGCGAGGACAUGUCCGGUUCAGGCAAUGGUGUUUCGACUGCUUUAGCUCUGUCUAAUGCAAUCACCAAUCUUUGUGCUACACUCUUUGGACAGAUUUGGAGGUUAGAGCCUCUGCAGCCCCAAAAGAAAUUAAUGUGGCGUCGAGAGAUGGAUUUGCUUCUGUGUGUUAGUGAUCACAUUGUCGAGUUAAUUCCCUCUUGGCAAACAUUUCCCGAUGGGAGCAAAUUAGAGGUCAUGACUUCAAGGCCUCGAUCGGAUUUGUAUGUAAAUCUACCUGCAUUGCGAAAACUAGACAAUAUGUUACUCGAUGUUGGAAAAUCCUUGCUCGAGAGCUACUCGAGGGUCCUCGAGAGCUUAGCAUUCAACAUAAUGGCCCGAAUAGAUGACCUCAUUUACGUCGAUGACCUGUCCAAGCACUCGGGCCAGCUUUUCUCCAUCUCUAAAGUCGGCGUGAUUCCUCAAGUGGGCCCCACAGCUGGCGGCACGCCUUACAAGACAGCUUUUGGGACUCCCGAGUUUUCACCUUCACCGUUGAUUAUUAGCCCAGCAAAGGCUUACGGGUUGUUAUCUCCGUAUAGUUCGCAAAGUGUGAAGAAGCAUUCGGUUCUUGGUUUGGGAGUGAAGCGUAUUUUGACGGAUUAUUUGAGUAGUGAUCAAGGGAAAGUGAAGGAUUUUGGAAGCUCUCGUUCGGGUGUGGGGGCUCGAGUGAUAUCCACAUGUUCGUCUCGCGAGUUUUCGAGGGAUUCCGAUGAGGCGAACAGUUAA